GCCCGCCGUCUCCAGAGUGGAUGCACCCGAUCCCGUCCCAGACAUUCGCUCCUGGUCGUUCUUCAUCAGCUGCAGUUGCUCCUGAUGCAGCAGCAAUUGAAGUUGCUGCUGUGGCUGUUGCUGUUGCUGCUGAUGUUGCUGUUGCUGCUGCUGCAGUAGUUGCAACUGCUGCACAUCGCAGUGCACCUCGUGAAUGGGCGGAGUGGGGGCGUCAUCCCGCUCGCCCCUCAAACAGGAGGCCAAUCCCCGGCCCCGUGGCAUUGUGCUCCUCCGCAGGGCAGUCGUUUGCGGCUGCUGAUCCACGGAUCUCGAGGGAUUCAGUAUGGAAUUCUGGGAGUGCGGGGCUGUGGCGUUGCGUGGCAUGGAGUUGAUCUUCCGCUGCUGCGGCGACGUCGAUGUGCUCGUCUGCAUUUGCACCUCGUCGCUAAUUGCACGCAAAGCACCGCAGUUCAUUCUGAUUUGGUUAGCUGAUUUUGUUCUUUUUGGUAUCCUUGCUUAAGUUGCCUUUGUAGAUUUUUGGUUUGUGUUGCCUUGGUAGUUUUGUUAAUUGUUUUUUAUUUUUUUUUAAGUUAUUAGUUCAGUUUCUCUUUAACCUUGACAUGGUUU